ACUUUACGUACUUUGACCAACGUAGACGCAAUGUAGUGUAAUGUGUUUGUUUACUGAACUCCGCAAAUCUCACUUGGGGGCAGAUGCAGCGGUUGCAGUCAGUCAGCUGUGCGCUUAAUCCUGUCAUGACAAACAAGUAAUGAAUGACACAAAACACCUCAACGAUGGAGGGAAUGCUAUACAAGUGGACCAAUUACAUAAGCGGGUGGCAACCUCGAUGGUUUGUGCUUGACGGAGGAACUUUGUCCUAUUAUGACUCUCAAGAGGAUGCUUGGAAAGGCUGCAAGGGGAGCAUUAAAAUCUCAGUUUGUGAAAUUCAAGUUCAUUCAUCUGACUCCACACGGCUUGAUUUGACCAUACCCGGAGAGCAGUACUUCUACCUGAGAGCCAUCAAUGCAGCAGAGAGGCAAAAAUGGCUGGUUGCUCUGGGAACAGCAAAAGCUUGCCUGACAGACAACCGAACCAAAAGAGAGAAGGAACUCCAAGAGAACACAGAAGCAUUAAAGACCAAGAUGUCAGAGCUCAGGUUAUACUGCGACCUCCUCCUUCAACAAGUGAACAAAAUCAAGGAUGAUGACAACGAGCUUGGUGACGCAGCAGAAACCGGCAUAGAAACGGGCGAGAUGGUGAAGUCGACCUGCACCACUUUCCUGAAGACCCUGGAGGAGUGCAUGCAGAUAGCCAAUCGUACUUUUGCGCCAGAUGCGUCCAAGCAGAGCCCGCCGGCGUCGCCUCCCAUCGCCGCCAUCAAACCGCAGAAGAUUAAACCUGUCAAUCACUUAAAUCAGCGCUUCGGAGAAAAGUGGAGAGAUUUGUCAGAAACAGAGGUGUUGUCACAUGAUACCCGUAGCCUUGAUUCUGGCACAGAAGCACCAGAUGAACCCGUCGGACCAGAACGUCAACCUUCCCCGUCAAGCCGCGCAGACCUGCACACAGCCAACGGCGACAACGCGAUCCAGGGGCAGCAUGCCGAUCCUCUUCCCCCCGCAUCUCAGAACACCUCCGAAGCGAAAGGCUCCGCAGCAGCCGUUGAAGACGAGGAGCAAAAGGAGACUCGCAGAAGGGACCGAAGCGCAGAGCGCGGCGGCGCGGAGCCUCGGCAGGAAGCACUUCCUGACGGAAGCCAAGCUGACUGCGAAGACGAGAUUUUCAAGGAUUCCACUGAGCCAGAAGAGCCAGUGGAGACUUUUUUCAGCACAAUGAGUCACAGAUUUAGUGAUUUAAAGCUGGAUGACGACAAUGGCAUCCCCACGCAAGAGUUUUUGGACUCAUGCUAUGCAAUAGUGCCUGUAUUAGACAAACUUGGCCCCACCGUCUUUGCUCCAGUGAAAAUGGACUUUGUGGGCAACAUCAAGAAGAUCAAUCAGAAACUGAUGUCGGACCCGGCCAGCUUCCCCACGCUGCAGUCCAUUGUGCUGCACGAGGUGCAUGCGCAGGUUGCUCAGGUGCGCAACUCGGCCACUGAGGCUCUGCUGUGGCUCAGGCGGGGCCUCAAGUUCCUCAAGGAGUUCCUGUCGCAGGUCAACGCGGGGGAGCAAGACAUCCACGGAGCACUCAAUCACGCUUACGGCAAGACUCUUCGUCAGUAUCACGGAUGGGUCGUCCGGGGAGUCUUUGCGUUGGCGUUGCGAGCCGCUCCGUCCUAUCAGAGCUUCACGGCUGCCUUGGUGACGAUCGAAGGCGACGAGCUGAAGAGCGGCUUCACCAGCGGCAUGCACAGAGACCUCGGCGUCUACCUGCCCGCCAUUGAUAGGCUGAUGACCAUCCUGGACGCCCUCUAUGAGGAGUACAACCUGGAAUCUGACGAGGUGGUCUAAAACCCCAGCAUGCCCCCUGAAGGAAGUGGGCGAAGUCACAGAAAGGAGCCACGCCUUUUCCAUGCACUAAACGGAGCAUGAGCGCGUUUCAAGACCCUCGUGGAAGUUACAAGACAGAACCAAGUCUGCACUGAAGAGCUUUUCGCAGAAUGAAGUGUAGUUUUUAGCGUCAAUUGUAUGUACAUUUAAAAGUACAUAUGAAGACUACAAGUUUGAUUUCUGAGUUUGAAAUCAAAUGUCCGAAUGUAUAGUACAUGGACACAAAAUCAAUGUCAGUGUUUUUAAUACAAGCUUACUAGGUGAUUUGCCUAGUGGACAUUUUUAUUAUUCUAACUUGCUAACGUUGCACUACGUCUGUUUAGUGACGAAAGGCUUACAAAUUUGAUUUGAAAUGCAUUUAUUUUCUUUCUUGACUAAGAGGGACCAACGAGGAUGGCUUUAGCACGACAACACUGGAGAACUAAAUAAAUAUUCAUGUAGAACAUGGCUACGAACAUACUGACAUCUCAACAAGCCAAUGCGUUUUCUCGGUUUAUUUAUUUUGUCUUAAGUUAUUAACGUGUCAUUAGUUUCAUCUCAUUCGGAUCUAAAGAGGGACGGAUAGAUCCAUGGAAAACUGCCUUCAAUGUACUGACUCAAUCCUCUUUUAUGCAGUGGAAAAAUGCGAUGAUCUCAUCCAUCGAUGUACGAUGUCAUCAUGGUUCUAUCGCUGUGCUAAUUUAUUACUUACGAGUCAGUGAAACAGUUUUCUUUUUUAGACCUUGUUACAAUUGUUUUUUUUUUUUGUUUUUUUUUAAAGCAUACAAUAAACUUGCACAAGAAGUCCAUUGAAAUAUGGUUGCGGAUAUGUGCUCAUGUUAAUCACGUAACUGUUUCGUUAUGCAGUACAUAUAUAAUUUUUUUUCUAUGUCUAUGGAGAUAUUUGAUAAGUACUUAAUAAACAUAUUUGAGUUGUCCUUUUGUCCA